AUGGGUUGCGGUGGCUCAAAGAAAAGCAGCAAGAUUGCUGCGCCUCAAAAAGUAGUUGGAGGAAAAGAAAAGCCUUCAAAUUCAACUCCAGGAAAUGCAAAAAAUAAUGGUAAUCAGCAAACUGUAUCAACACCAGGAAGAAAUCAAGUAGCAGCUGGCCAGAAAAAUGAAGAGAAACCUAAUUCAGUUUCAAAAGACCAGCAGCCAAACCAGGCUGAAAAAAUCGUUUCAAAACCUAUAGAAGUAAAACCUCAAGAAAAAUCCAAAACUUCAGAAUCAAAAUCCCCAGAAAAAGAGCCGAUUCCUUCACAUAUCCAAAAAACUAAAGAAGAUUUAAAAUCAGCUGCUAUGGCGCAGACAGAAAUAAAACCUAUCCAAAAAAUCCCAUCUAUUAAAUCCGAAGAAGCUAAAAAAAUUGAAAAUUCUCCUAAAAAUGAAGAAUCCAAGCUUCCUCAAACAGCUAAAAAUCCUCCUUCACAAAAAGAAGAACUAAAAGAGCCACAAACAGCCAAAAAUCCUCCCUCUCAAAAACCCGAAGACCUAAAACAGCCACAAACAGAUAAAAAUCCUCAAAAGCAUGAAGAAGCCAAAGCUCAGACCUUAAAAAGCCCUCCACAAAAGCCAAAACCUUCAGCUUCUAGCACUGAGAUCGUCCACAGUCAAAGUUUAUCUGAUUUCAAGCACCCAACAACUUACAACAAAGUAAUCUGGGCCAAACAAAGACCCAGUGCCAACGAUGGUCACAAACCUGCUGUCGUUUUUAACAUUGAAGUUAACGGGGUCACUGAAAAAUUGACUUUUAACGAUUUUCCUAUCACAAGCUCCCAAUCAAAAAAUAUCCCAAAAGUAGUUGACUGUAUCGCUUAUAUUUUAAAAACCCAAAAAGACAUUGAAGAAGUCAAAAAAAUUAACGCAGCGUUCAAAUACGUCUGAAGCCAAAGCGUCAUUUGUGAUAACCCCCAGCUUAUAGCUGAUAUUGAGCCUACUUGUGAAGAAAUGGGGAUGUCAAUUGUAAAUAAUAUGGACGAAUUUAUGAAAAAAGUGUAUAAUGAUGAUAGAAAACUGUAUGUUUUGCUUAAAGAAGUAUUUAUGAAAAUUGAUAAAGAUAGCAGUGGGUCUAUAGAUAUGAGCGAGCUUGCAUUGGCAACAGAACAACUUGGAGGAAACCCGAACCAAAGCGAAAUUCAGCAUGCAAUGCAAGUAAUGGACUUAAACCAUGAUGGAAAAAUCAAUUUCAGAGAAUUUGUAUAUUGGUGGAAACGAGGCAGACAAGGCGCAAUUUCGAUACAGAAAAUGGCUGGGAGUUUUGCAAGCAAGUUUGCUGCAAAUGUGCCGGGCUCUGUAGAUUUAUUGAGAAAUAUUGGGAUUGGGAAGAGAACUAUUGAUAAAGCAACAUACACAAAAGAGUUUUCUUUGAGGGUUGGGCAAGAUUUUUCUGACUCAAAGCUCAGCAUGCGGCUGCAACUAGGAAAAAGUGCUAAAAGGGAACAAAUUGUGCAUGAAGCAAACCAAGCUUUAUCAUUCAAUAUGCGUGAAAGUUGGGUAGCUGUAGCCCUCACCACAAAAACUGGAGACGCCUCUUCAGACCAUUCCCAGCUUGCUCACGACACCUGCAAGUCUUUAUUAAAUUCAUUUUUAGCUUCUGCUUAUGAUGGACAAUCACUGCAAAACGCUUUAGGAGCUAAUGCACAGGUAAUGGGAAAUAAAGUUUUUGUUGGGGCUUGGAUUGAUUUAAAUAACGAAAAAUUCGACAUUGUACAAGACCAGAUCGCGCUGGUAGAAAGAGUGAUAAGGUCACCAGUUGACGAUUAUAUUGAUCUAUCGUUACAAUUUAAAAAUGGGAUAAGAAAUCUGCAAUCUGACGAAAAAACAAGCAAUGAAAUGCUAUUUGAGGCAUUUCGGAUGAAAUUCACAUAUGUGCAUUGGGUGAAAUUUUUAGAAAUGAUACUUGCAGUCAGAGGAAAAUCCACAAAUUCAUCUGAUUUUUUCCCAAUGUCGCUUCUUAUGAUGUCAGGAAAUAUAGACUUGCAUUUCAAGCAUAUCAGUGAGAUCCCUAAAAUCUUUUUCCCACAGCAGGCGAUGGAAGCUCCUCAAGCUGAAUGCUUUUUGAAUACUAUGAAGCAGAUGGUGAAAUCCUAUAUAAGUGACACCCCUUAUACCAUUUUUCCCUAAUUAGUCUUCUAAUAUUAUUUUGUCUUUAUAAACCAUCAAAUUAAGGGAAAAUUCUAUACAUGGCAAACGUAAUCAAAGAAAUUGUCGAAAAUUUCGCAUCAAAAAUUGAAGUGAUUUUUAGGUUCAACAACCUUGGCUUGAAGGUAGAAAUUGAAGCUGACGGCCUCAAUGAGUUUUAUCAAGCUUUAAUUAGUGGUUAA